AUGCCACCCGCAGCCCCUUAUGGCAAGAUUAACAUUGCCGUUGCCGGUCUUGGUCGCAUGGGCAAGCGUCACGCCAAAACCCUCCUCUACCGCGUCCCGCACGCCAACCUCGUCGCUGUGUGCAGCAACGACGCGAAGGAACUCGAAUGGGCGCGUGAGUUCUUCAAGACCGAUGACAAGAAGACUGAGAUCAAGGUCUUCGACUCGUACGCCGACAUGAUCGAGCUCCCAGGCCUACAAGCUGUCUGGGUGUCAACUAGCACAAACGUGCAUGCACCCUUCACUCUUCAGGCAAUUGCCAAGAACCUGCACGUAUUGUGCGAGAAGCCUAUCUCGCAGAAAUUAGAAGAGGCUCGAGCAGUCGUCGACGCUGCGAAGGCAAAUCCUCACUUGAAGGUCAUGGCUGGCUACUCGAGGCGCUUUGAUGCUAGCUACAGAGACGCAAAGGAUAAGGUAGACAAGGGUGUCAUUGGCAAGCCCUUCCUGGUUCGCUCGCAGACCUGCGAUCUUUUAGACGAAACUGGGUUCUUCGUUCGAUAUGCGGCGAAGAAUGGUGGCGUGUUCGUGGACUGCUGUAUCCACGACAUCGACCUCUCCCUCUACUAUCUUGGAGAUGUUAUUCCCAAGGCUGUCUGGGCCAUUGGAACGAUUACGCAUCACCCCGAGCUCAAAGCCCUCAACGACGUCGACAACGGCAUCGGCAUGGUCGAGUACUGGGACGGCAAGCUUGCCUACUUCUACUGCUCCCGCACCCAAGCACAUGGCCAUGACGUCGCCACCGAGAUCACCGGUACUUCGGGUAAGAUCUCCGUCAACGUUCACCCGCGAUCCAACAAUGUCUUGGUGUCUGGGUCGCAUGGCAUUAGCAACGAGGUGCAGCCCAAGUACUGGGAGCGCUUCGAAGACGCAUUUGCGACCGAGGCCAAUGAGUACCUCGAAUCCAUCAUCCAAGAUAAACCGGUUCCGCUGCCACUAGAGCUCGGGAUCCGAAGUCUCGAAAUUGGUUGGGCCCUGCAGGAUGCUCUGCUGAGUGGGCAGACGCAGCACUUUGAUCGCCAGGGAAGGCAUGUAGCAGCACCGCCUGCAACCAAUGCUACCAACAGUGGUGGUGUCAAGGCAUAA